AUGCCGUCCAGGAAAUCUGGGCAGACCCCUUUGAGGGCCCUGGAGCAGAAACCAGCGAACAAAUUGAAGCGACAGGCGCUGCAUAUCAAGCGAAAACAAACCAAAGACAAGCUCUCACGCGAAGAACGUUUCGCACGGAAGAAAGAAGAGGCCAAGGAUCCGAAACUGAAAGCAGACCGCUUGAGACGAAAUAUACCGCUUACUUUAGAAAGAAAAAGAGUUUGGGACGACGUGGACAGUGAUGUGGAGGAUGGCCUGGGGGUGAGCUUCGAUGUCGAGCGUAUAAAACGCCUCAGACAAGACGAGAAUGAGCCAUUAGAGGAGGAGGAGCAAGGCUUGGUGGGUUCAGAUGAUGAUGAACAGGAUGAUGUGGACAGCAUGCUUGAUUCUGAGAGUGAUGGCGAUGACGAGAAUAAAGCUGAGCGCGAGAACAACAAGCGUGACGAGAUGAGGAAGUCAAACAUACGGUCUGCCACGGAACGCGCUACUAGCCCUACACAAUCUAUGAGAAGCACAAACCUCGACCUUACGCCAGAUACCCUAGCCGCCAAAUUUCCCAGUCUAUUUCCAAAAGACGCUCCUCCUUCUCCUAAAAUUUUGAUUACAACAGGGCUCAAUUCCACGUUACACGAUCAAGCUCAUAUCCUCACAGAGUUCUUCCCGAACAGCGUUUAUAUUCGCCGCUCCUCACACCGAUAUAGCCACAAAUUCUCGGUUAGAGAAAUCUCACAAUUCGCUUCGAACCGGAACUAUACAACGGUGGUCGUGGUAGAGGAGGAUCAAAAGCGGGUAUCUGGACUGACAAUGGUCCACUUGCCAGUUGGACCAACAUUCCACUUUUCAGUAAGUAACUGGAUCGAAGGCAAGAAGCUUCCUGGCCAUGGAAACUCCACUGGCCAUUGGCCAGAGCUGAUACUCAACAACUUCCGUACGCCUUUGGGCCUACUUACAGCACAUCUUUUCCGCACUCUCUUCCCGCCUCAACCAGAACUCAUAGGCCGGCAGGUAGUGACCCUGCACAACCAGCGGGACUAUAUAUUUGUAAGAAGGCAUCGGUAUGUUUUCAGAGAAAAGCGGGAAACAGAGAAGAGCGUUGUGGAUGCAGAUGGUAAGGAAAUUAAGGGUGUCGAAGGUAUCAGGGCAGGUCUACAGGAGCUGGGACCUCGGUUUACGUUAAAAUUAAGACGGAUAGAUAAAGGGAUACAGAGGCAUAGUGGACAGGAAUGGGAAUGGAAAGGUCGCAUGGAAAAGCAGCGGACAAAGUUUCAGCUUUGA